AUGAGGAACAUGACUGGCAGUGCAGUAACCGAGUUUGUUCUACUUGGGCUCACGGAUCGUCCAGAGCUCCAGCCUGUCCUCUUCAUGCUGUUCCUGGAGGUUUCCCUCCUCACCCUCUUGGGCAAUGUGGGCAUGAUAAUGCUGAUCAGACUGGAUGCAACCCCACAGAUGCUGACUAAUUUCUUAUCAGAGAAGAAGACCAUUUCCUUUGGUGGCUGUUUUACACAGUGUUACAUUUUCAUUGUGCUUCUCCUCACGGAGUAUUACAUUCUGGCAGCAAUGGCCUAUGACCGCUAUGUGGCCAUAUGCAGCCCUCUGCGGUACAGUGUGCAGAUGUCUAGGCGAGUCUGCAUUUGCCUGGCCACGUUUCCUUACGUCUAUGGCUUCUCAGAUGGGCUAUUCCAGGACAUCCUGACCUUCCGUCUGACCUUCUGCAGAUCCAACGUCAUCAACCACUUCUACUGUGCAGACCCGCCACUCAUUAAGCUUUCUUGCUCUGAUCCCUAUGUCAAAGAACGUGCCAUGCCCAUCUCAUCUGGCUUCAUUCUCUCCAGCUCCCUCACCAUCAUCCUGGUGUCCUAUGCCUUCAUUAUUGCUGCCAUCCUCCGGAUCAAAUCAGCAGAGGGGAGGCACAAGGACUUCUCCACCUGUGCUUCCCCCAUGUUGGCUGUCACCCUGUUCUACGGGACACUCUUCUGCAUGUAUGUAAGACCUCUGACAGAUAAGACGGUGGAAGAAUCCAAAAUAAUGUCUGUCUUCUAUACCUUUGUCAGUUCAGUGCUUACUACACUCAUCUACAGUCUGUGGAAGAGAGAUGUUAAACAGGCUUUCAGGAAUGUGCUGAGAUGA